AUGUUUCCACCCAUCCCUCAAGAUUCCUCGCUCGCGCCGCUUCACCUCCUGGUCCUCCAAUUUCUUAACAACACUAAAUGUGCUUACUUUUUUGCUGCCAUUCAAACAGACAAAAAAUGGGAGGAGCUUGUUGCAAAGACUGAAGACGACUUCUUUGCACCCGACCCGGUCAAUUACACGAGCCUCGUCCGAUAUCUGAAAGCCGAUCGGGUGAUUCCAACAACCAGAGGACCACUUGGGGGUCUGCCCUCUUUUAUUCCCCGCUCAGGCUUGUCCGAGGGCCGACCGAGUCUGUUGUUCCUUAACUUGCCAGAAGUGUCCGAGAGUCAGGACCCUCCUAGCACUGCCGACAAGGCGCUUAAGAAGAUUCAUGGACGAUCUUUUCCUUUAAUGGCCUUUUUUGGUGUUUCCGGAUGUGGAAAAACGAGGACGGCUAUCGAGAUGCUCUGCAAGCAGUGGGGCUUCUAUUUCAACGGAAGCAGCACGGACUGGGGUUCUAGAGAUCUCCUUCUGCUUCUUACAUUGGUUAAAGAAAGGGAGGGAUACAAAACUUGUAACUCGGAGACUAACGCUCACGUACACAUCUUGGCGCUGGCUCUUAUUCUUGCUCGCGUCAUGAUCUUGCACCACUGUCUCAACAUCGCAAAACGCGAAGGACUCACAUUUACUUGCAAGCGCUGGAUGCUGUUGCAAGUCGGUUUUCACACGAUGGGUAUCAAGGACCUGUUUGCCAAUCUAUUCAAAUCGAUUGCACGUGUGAUCCACCUUCACUUCGUCGAUAUCGAGUUCAUCAACACCACGGUUACAGGACGGUUCUCCGAUCUGCGCCAGCGCCUUCUGAGCCUCCCCUCAAAUACGCCCUUCCAGAAAUUUAACUACAAGAUCCUUCUUGUGGUUGACGAAGCGCAAAAUCUUGACAAGGAUGGAUUUGGCACCUUCCUCUCACAACAAUGGACCUCAGAAUCUGAUCAAAAAAACACUGCUGCCUCGCACGACGACUAUAAGCGACCGGUCCUCUCCCACCUGACCCACAGGUUUUGCCGGAUCGCUGCCGACGAGAACGAAUUUUGCGUGAUAUCUUGUGGGACUGAUCCCAGUAUUUUCGAUCCACAGCGGCUAGAUGACUCUGCUCCUGUCGCCAAAGGCUGCACAGAACUGCUUGGACCAUUUACCGAUUUCGGUGGUUGGGAAUCGCUCGAACAAGUGCGGAACUAUCGCGACCUUGUGCGUCGCUCGCUGCCAAAUCAGGAAGCCAUGACCAUUUUCGACGCACGUGUGCCGGAUACAUCAACGCCAGAGCUCUUUGACAGCUUUCGCGGACGGUUUCGGCCAAUCGUCUUUGCCAUUGAGCGUAUGAUCAUACUGAGGUCUAACGACGGCGGAAUCAGUUGGAAAUCGGCGAUCAAAGAAACCGAAGAUACGUUGACAUCGACAGAUUCCCCAUAUUAUGGCAAAGAAAACAUCGUCUUCGACAUAGAGCGAAUGAUCGCUCGAGUUGCCUCAUUCCCGGCGCGAUAUACAAAGUACCAGAGCAUAAGAGCUACCCUCUAG